AUGUCCUCCACUACCCCAGAUGCCUCCAAAGUCGGACUCCCCGCCUCCGAUGCCACCAGCGCCGCCGAACUCGCCAGUCUUAAGGUAAGACUGCGCGCCGCCCUGCGCCAGUUCCCGGAUUUCCCCUCUCCGGGAAUUCUGUUCGAGGAUAUCCUGCCUAUCUUUGCCGAUCCUUCUUUGCAUGAGGCCCUGAUCCGCUCCCUGGAACUUCACGUCCUCACCAACUACGGCCAGAAGCCCGAUGUCAUUGUUGGCCUCGAGGCCCGUGGCUUCCUUAUGGGACCCAGCCUGGCGCUGCGUCUGGGUGCCAGCUUCGUCCCCGUGCGCAAGCAGGGCAAGCUCCCCGGCCCCUGUGAAACCCAGGGCUACGAGAAGGAGUAUGGUCAGGACUUCUUCCAGAUGCAGGCCGAUUCCAUCAAGCCCGGCCAGAAGGUCCUCGUCAUUGAUGACAUUAUUGCUACCGGUGGCUCUGCCAAGGCCGGUGGUGAGCUGAUCCAGAAGAUGGGCGGCGAACUCCUUGGUUUCAUCUUCCUCCUCGAACUUGAGUUCCUUCACGGACGCGAUAACCUCCCCGCGCCGGUGUACACUCUCCUGUCUGGCCAGGCUUAA